ACCGUGCCGCCCCCUCGCUGAAGGUAGACUGGAGAAAGUGAAGAAGAUGGAAGGAGCUUGUGUUGUUGUCUUAUUGAGGAGAUUUAUGGAGUAGCGGAGUGAUAAACGUUCUCCCGUCUUGUCGGAGCCAAAGAGUGGAGCGGCACCGGGGGAUUCACAGAUAGUAUGCCCGUAGAGGUGACUCCACUUCAGAUGAGGGAACAUGUUGGCUAUGGACCAAGGAGUAGUGGAGGACUGGCUGUCAGAAUUUAAGACCCUCCCAGACAGUGCUGUGUCCACCUAUGCUGCCUCUCUGAAAGAAAAAGGUUCCCUUGUUCCUGCUCUCUACAAGGUCAUCAGAGAGAACUACAGCGAUUUGCUGGAGCCAGUGUGUCACCAGUUGUUUGAGUUUUAUCGGAGUGGUGAACCGCAGCUGCAGCGUUUCACGCUACAGUUCCUGCCAGAGCUCCUGUGGAGCCUCCUGUCUGUCAGCGCAGCCAGAGACCCCCACACCUCCGGCUGCAUCGAGGCCCUGCUGCUGGGCAUUUAUAACCUGGAAAUAGUAGAUAAAGAUGGACAGAGUAAAGUGUUGUCUUUCACGGUCCCUUCCCUCUCCAAGCCCUCAGUGUACCACGAGCCUUCAGCCAUUGGCUCCAUUGCUCUUACAGAAGGGGCUCUAGCCAAUCACGGGCUGAGCAAGGUGGUGUACAGCGGGCCACACCUGCAGAGGGAGACCUUCACAGCACAGAACAGAUUUGAGGUGCUGACCUUCCUGUUGCUGUGCUACAACGCUUCUCUCAGCUACAUGAUCCCCACCUCCCUGCAGUCCCUCUGCCAGCUCAGCUCCAGGGUGUGUAUAUGUGGUUAUCCACGGCAACAGAUGCGGCGCUACAAAGGUAUUAGCACGCGGCUGACAGUCACGUCGGAGUUCCUGGUUCAGCUCAUCACAGGCAUACACUACGCUUUCUGUAAUGGGGAAGUUGAACUGGGAUCUAAAGCACUGGAUGACGUUCUGUAUCGAGCCCAGCUAGAGUUGUUCCCUGAGGCUCUACUGGUGGGCAACGCCAUCAAGUCGUCACUGCACAGUGCUGCAGUGAAGAGCAACAACAAGGAGGGUGCACGAAGUAUCCAGGUGGAGAUCACACCAACCUCCUCCAGGAUCUCCAGAAAUGCUGUCACCUCUCUCUCUAUUAGGGGACACCGCUGGAAGAGACACGACGCAGUGGAUCUGGGUUCCCCGGAUGAGCUGAUGGACAUUUCGGAGGUGGAUGAAGGGGUGUGGCCAGGUGGGGUUGGGCCUGACAUGACCCCACCCACCAUCACUAUCAGCAACAGCAUCACCACGUUGAACCUGGGCGCCAAGGCCAUGAAGAAGUGUCGUCUCGGCGGGCGCAACAGCAAGGACAAGGAGGCGGGGCCUCUAACAACAGGCCGGGCUGCCAGUGAGAACACAGAGCUGUCUGUCAAGCGACUGACGCUCACAUCCAGCCAAUCAGUGCCCAAAGCGGGAGCUCUCACCAGCCUGACACGCACCGCCAGUGCCGUCUUCUCCCGCUCCUUCGAGCAGGUGGCCAGCGGCAAUGCCCCUCCCUCCAGCAACCACAACACCUCUGACGCGGGGCGCUACUCCUGCAGCCUGCAGGAGGAUGGGUUGGGGUACUUGAGUCCCAUGCCAAACCACAAACAGCGCUCUCCCAGCAUCAGCGUGCACCUUGGCACUGACCUCUGAACCCUUUAAGACUCCUGUCUACAUGAACCCUCGCCUGUGAUCCUGUGACCCUGUACCUGUGACCUGGAACUCCAAGCCAUGCCAACUCCAAAAGAACCACAAAGACAUGAUCAAACACUCCCGCUGUUUUCCUUUAUCGCUCCACUUUAACGUCUUUGAUUCUGUGUUUGAUUCCGCUCAGACAUCCAGAGCACCAUCAUCUCCCUCCGCUCCUUCUGCGAGGUCGACUCGUCUAGGUCUGAUGUAGGCAGGAUGUCAGCGAUACCACUUCCACAGAGCACUUUGCUGUGAAGUUGUGCCAGCACAGAACUGCACUCCUCUGCAGGGCAGCCUGUCGUGAAAGGGUUGCACUUAAAACAUGUACUAAAAACUGUGUGGGAAAGUAUUUUUUGGAAAGUAUUUUAAUCGGCAUUUGUUGCCCUGCAUGGCUUUUCCAUACAUCCAUCCUGACCUUGCCCAGGUUUUUCAGGGCAGAUGUUGAGUAUGCUUGAGUGUCUGUACUGUACAGUAUGUAUGUAUAUAUGUUUUUAGAAUAAAGGCUGCUGAUUGAUACAGUGAUUAAGGUAUGAUUCUCCGAUCGGAAACAAUUGUUUCUACUUAUAAAAACAGAUCCUUUUCCAUAGCAAUACAAAUUUCUCCUGUUCAGUGGUUUUUUUGGGAAGAUCACCCAAACUCCCUCUGUUCCCGCCACUAGUUUUGUCAGUUUCAGCUGUGCUUCUUAAAAGAAAGUUCCAUCACUAAAUAAUCAAACUUGUGUGAUAAGAAUCGGUUCUUCAUGUUUACAAUUGCACAGUAGUCUCGUUGUGGAGAAGCAAUAUUUGUGUUCUUCCCUCUGGUUCCUCUAGCACCUUCCUGACUUGCUGUGUACUUGAACAAUAAAAAUCCAACUUCUGAUGAA